CUAUGGAAGAUUCGCCACAUGUGAACCAACCUAUAGAAAAUCAAGAACUUUACGAAAAGACAUUAAAAAUACUCAGGAGGGAAUGGAAAUGGGCGGCGGCAUCGGAUUUCUUCUAUAAAUUCAACCCAAUGCUUCGUCUCGAUUUUUUAGAUCUGGCAGACGUAGAACACGACAUCAUCCAAGGAUCAUCUGAAACAAUCAUGCCAGUACAUGACACAUGGGAGCAAUAUCUGAGGCGUUUAUACUUGCGCCGCGUUCCAGAUGACCGUGUUUGGGGAACGGAAGAGGAGCCAAUUGCCUGGAAGGAGCUCACAUGGAUGAGUCGGUUGGAAAUCCUAUAUACGCUCUGUGAAUGGCAAUUUCAGACUCCUUUAAAGGUCAGACAAGCCAUGAAGGAUGACAGUGAUGAUGCGGCUUGGGUUAGUAGACUUCUUUCCAAGUUGGACACCACACUCAUACAUCCUGAACCAGAGAUCACUCAUAAUUUUGAUCUAGGUGACCGUCUAUGGAUCCAGAGAUUUGUCGAAACAACCCCUCCUACUCAAAAAGAACUCAAACGUAGAAAACAUCCUACACAACCAUCUCAACAGGCCAAGCGCAAGGCUACACACAACGGCAUCAAAAAGUCUGCAGACUCUGCCUCUAAGCGCAAGGGAAAGAAAGUAGACCCCCCUAAGGCCAAAGGAAAGCUUACAAAGCCAUCUACAAGUCGUAAUAAUCCACGUACAGGCCGACGGAUUGAUCGAGAUGGAUGGCAAAAAGUUCCCGAUUCAUGGUUGCGAACUCAGGAAGGGUCGAGCGAGGAGAAAGAUGUCACGGCCCUGUUUGAUGAUGCUUCAGAUCUGACUGAUCUAUCUGAGGAAGAUCGCAAUGAUGUUAAUGGAGGCGGAUCUUCGCAAACAAAUCCUCCCGACGACUCCGAGUCAGAUUUGACUGAGAUGGACGAGGAAAAUAGUCAGGAUGAAGGUAAACCCGAAACGACUACCAGUAAUGGCUAUAAAACAGGGGAAACUGGAGUGAAGUCGAACCAGGCGCGAGAUGAUUCAGAAUUUGUGGAGUUUGAGACGAUUUGCGUCACAAUCGGCGAAUGGAAGGAAUUUGCAGAGCGCUUUAAAAAUGUUCGGAGCCUCAAUGAGCGAAGGCUCUAUCGAUAUGUGACACUCGUAGUGAUACCCGAAAUGGAAGAAUACCAACAGGUCAGUAUAAGAUGCCAAGAAUUAGACGGAUUGGAUUCAUUUUUGUGGUUCCAGGCUCUCGAAGAGAAGCAGAAAAAGGAGCUCAAAGAAUUGCUUCGAAGAGAGCAGCUGGCGGCGGCAGUGGCAGCAGCGGAGGCUCGUCCCAAGCGCUCAACCCGUCAAACUGCUCUAUCAUUGGUUGAUGAUGAGAGGAGGAAAACCGGGUCUCAAGCUUCAGCAGAUGGAGACGGCUCUGAUGCUCAACUAGGGUUUGGAACUUCUCGAGCACGACGAGCCGUUGCUAGAGGAGCAAGGUGGGAUGAGGAGCAAGAACGGCUAUAUGCAAAAGCUCUUGAAGAUGAGAAUAACGACGAUGAAGAGGAAGAAAAGAGUGACGUGGAGACAGAAGCUGAAGUUUCGGGUAAUACCUCAACAAGAAGGCGACGGAAUGCGCGAGAUCAAGACGAAUAUAAAGAUGAGGAAUCCGAAGACGAUCAACGAAAAGGUGCACCUGUAAAUGGGCUCGGUAGACCACGUCGAGCAGCGGCAGUGAAGGCAGAGCAGAACCGCCCUGUACGACCGACUAGACGAAGACGCGCACGGAGUGAGAGUGAUGAAGACCGAGAAUCUGACGAUCCGUUCUUCCUAAGCUGCGAGGUUUGUAAGAAAUCGGGUUGGAAUGAGCGCGACUGGAAUGAGGAAGAGUUUACAUGCUCCGCUUGUAUUCUUAAAGCGCAAAACAAACCAAAAAGGCGGGGCAGGAGACCAAAUAACCAACGUCCUGUUGAGGAACUUUCACAGUUCUCUUCACAGAAUCAGCCUCCAGAUUCAGAAUACCUUGUUUCUCAGGACUCUGUUUCAGGGGAUGCAAUGCAAAUCGAAGUUCCCCACGCGGAUUCUGCUGUGAAGUCACUGGUGCAUACAUUGGCUCCUGAGGUGCCUCCCAUGGAAUUGCCCACUGUGACCAGCAACCAGGCCAACGGAAAUGGACAAAUUGACGUCGAUAUGAUGAGUCAAUCUCCAAAUGGAAACGAAGCUCGCCCCUUCCACCAUCCGGCUCCGCGUCCCAUUUCUCCUACUUCCUUUGUUCAGCCUAUAUUACAACAGCGAGUCGAUCCAGAUUACGCGUUACAACAAUUCCCUGCCCCAGUCAUGGCUGGUGCAAAUUUAUGGCAACUACCUACUGGCAACAUGACCAACGGGUCUGGACACGUGUAG